AUGCCACGCUCCUUCCCAAAUAUCUCCCGGCCUCUUGACGGCUUGUGCCUGCUCACCGGCAUCCAGCCCGGGGCCCAGCGUGUGAAACCCUUCAUCCACCGCCUCAAAGCACGCACGGCUUCCGGCCUUUCCGCUUCCAUCUGCAGCCCUGCAGAGCUGCUGCCCCACACUCUGGACCUGCAGCUGAGCAGAGUGUCCAAACACAUUUCUCCUUGGAUAGGAAGGAAGCUUGGAGAACUGGAGGUCACUCAAGGCUAUGAAGCAGUAACACCACCUACGUCAGAGGGGUCACUCACCCACCCCUGGGCCUGUGGCUCAGAUGCUCUGCCCUCCACCCCGACUUCGAGUCUGCCUUCGGUCGGACCUGUUCUAUUAUUUACCCUAAUUCUAUCACUCUGUUCUCUUACAGUUCCCUGUGUUGGGCAAAGUGCCUGGCUGCACCUCCGAGCCUGGCCAGACCCCGUGUUCGAGGGAGACGCCCUGACUCUGCGAUGUCAUGCAUCGGCCAACAAGGUCCUGUCCCAGGUGAAGUUCUACAAAGACGGAAGAUUACUCCAAACCCCGAAGACCAGAUGGUCCCUGUCCGUGGGGACGGCUACCCUGGAAAGCAGCGGCCAGUACAGCUGCUCUGGGAAGGUGGCCUACGUCCCAUACCUGGGCAGACAAACCUCAGAGCUGGUCAAGGUUCAAGUCCAAGAGCCGUUCCCACCUCCUGUGCUGAGCGCUGUCCCCUCUCCCGAGCUCCGUGAGGGGAGCCCCCUGACCCUGAGAUGCCAGACGAAGCUGCACCCCCAGAAGUCAGCCUCGAGUCUCCUCUUCUCCUUCCACAGAGAUGCCAGCACCUUGCGGGACUGGGGCCCCCACCCGGAGUUCUACCUCCCAGGAGCCCAGGAGAGAGACUCUGGGCUUUACUGGUGCCAGGCCACCCUUGAGGGUGGUGUGGCCCAGAAGCAGAGCCCCCAGCUGGAGGUCAGGGUGCAGGUUCCUGUGUCCCAGCCUCUACUCACCCUGAGACCUGGCCCCACCGGCCUCGCUGUGGGGGCCAUGGUGGAGCUCCUCUGUGAGGCCCAGAAGGGCUCCCCUCCGAUCUCGUACUUGUUCUACCUGGACGGGAAGAUCCUAGGGAACAUCUCCUCUCCCUAUGGAAGAGCCACCUGCUUCCCGGUCACCGUGACGUCAGAGCAGGAUGCCAGAUACUCCUGCCGGGCAGAGAAUUAUGUUUCCGGAGAGACCAGUGAGCCCAAGAUACUCUCCCUGGAUGCACUCAUGGUCACCCCUACCUGGGGCUGGUCUGCCCCCAGCAGCCCCCACUGGCUGGUUGCCGGGCUGUCCGCGAGCCUGCUUGGUGUGCUGGUCAUCGCCACUGCGCUUCUGGCUUGCUUCAGACCCUGGAGAAAAGCUGGUCAGUAACCUUUUUGACUUUCUUGGUGGUUGAAUCCCUAGGCCGGGCAUUACCCAGCCUUUGGAAGG